AUGCCGUUUAAAGUUAAGGUAACAGUCUAUGAGGUAGGAAAAGGGGAUCUAGAAUCACGCCUAGUAAAUACAUUACAAGGUCCCGUAAUAGGAUACAAGCUACCUAAAGAUGACGUGUACGUAUUUAAUGGAAUACCAUAUGCAACAGUACCUACAGGACCUAAUAAAUUUAAAGCACCUCUUCCGCCACCAACAUGGGAUGAACCGUUUCAAGCAAUUGAAAAUAAUGUUAUUUGUCCACAACCAAACAGCAAUGAAAUGAAAAUGCAGGAAAACUGUCUUAUUGCUAAUAUUUAUGUACCCGAUACAGUGGAAUUGAAUCUCCCUGUUUUAAUAUAUUUUCAUGGAGGCGCAUUCUUUAGUGGAUAUGGAUCAUUUAGAACGCCAAUUAAUUUGGUAAAAAGUAAAAAAAUAAUAGCUAUAGAUUUUAACUAUCGACUUGGAGUGCAGGGUUUUCUUUGUUUGGGCACAGAGGAUAUACCAGGUAAUGCUGGUUUAAAGGAUCAGUUAGCGCUUCUACGAUGGGUUCAAAGUAAUAUUGCCUUCUUUGGAGGGAAUCCAAACGACGUUACUAUAGAUGGUUACAGCGCGGGUGCAUCAUCUGUUGAUAUUAUGGUGCUAUCACCUAUUACUAAAGGUUUGUUUCAUAAAGUUAUUUCUGAAAGUGCAGCUGGUGUAGCAGCUAUAACGUUACAAAUAGAUCCAUUACAAAAUGCAAGAAACAUAGCUAGUCAACUUAAUUUUAAUGGUGGCGAUGAUCUUAAGGAUUUAGAAGCAUUUUUUAAAACUAAAUCGUAUGCAGAACUAAUAAGUGUAGACUUUGAUGGUAUGACUAAUAGUGCCACUAUAGUUUCACCAUGUAUUGAACACGAUGUAAGUAAUAACACUAUCAUAGCUGAAAAUUUAUUUGAUACUUUAAAAAGUGGUAACUUUCCAAAGCUUCCGAUUUUGUACGGUAAUACUGACAGAGAAGGCAAAUAUCGAAUUAGUGACUUUGACGUAUGGAAGGAUAGGAUGAACGAAAAUUUUUCUGAUUUUCUCCCACAAGAUUUGGGCUUUUCAAGUGAAGAAGAAAAGGAACAAGUGGCACAGGAAGUGAAACAGUUCUACUUUGGACUUGAGCCUGUUAGCGAAAAAAAUAUCUUAAGUUACGUCGACUACUUCACAGAUACAAUGUUUUCAUACGGUAUAGCAAGAGCCGCAAAAUUAUUAGUAGAAGCUGGUAAUGAUAAAGUAUAUUUGUAUGAAUACAGUUUUGUUGAUGAUAAUGAAGAGUAUAUUCCUUACACAAAUGUACGUGGGGCAAGUCAUUGUGCUCAAACUCUUACUGUAUUGGAUGAUAUAUCAGACGAACAACAUUUAUCUGAAGAAGUUAAACAAAUGAAGACUAUUUUAAGAGACAUAUGGUUGAAUUUUAUUACAACAGGAGCGCCAGUACCUAAAGAAUCUUCUCAUCCAGAUUGGAAACCUAUCAAUGAAAAUCGAUCUCCUUACAUGUAUUUAAAUUUAAAUUCAACAUUAAAAUCUGAGUAUCUUGAGCAGCGUGCUCACUUCUGGGAUAAAAUUUAUGACAAGUAUUAUAAAGGACCACAACUUACAUCGAAAUAA